AUGCCACCAAAGCAACAAUCAAAAGCCGAUUUAGCGAAGAAGCAGAAGAUCGUCGAAGACAAGACCUUCGGGCUUAAGAACAAAAACAAGAGCAAGAAUGUGCAGAAAUAUGUACAGAAUCUCAAGCAAUCCGUACAGCCCAACCCUGACCCUACUAAGGUCGCAGCAAAGAAAAAGGAGGAGGAAGAUAAGGCCAAAGAGAAGGAGCUGAACGAUUUGUUCAAGGUUGCUGUUAGCCAGCCAAAAGUUCCCAUUGGUGUUGAUCCCAAGUCUAUAUUGUGCGAAUUCUAUAAAGUGGGACAGUGUGCUAAAGGUUUCAAAUGCAAAUUUUCACACGAUUUGAAUGUUCAGAGGAAAGGAGAAAAGAUUGAUCUUUAUAGUGAUAAGCGUGACCAAGAAACAAUGGAGGAUUGGGAUCAAGAGACUUUGGAAAAGGUUGUGGAGUCAAAGAAAACGGAGUAUAAUCAUAACAAACCUACUGAUAUUGUUUGCAAAUAUUUUCUGGAAGCUGUGGAGAAGAAACAAUAUGGCUGGUUUUGGGUCUGCCCAAACGGUGGUAAAGAUUGUCAUUAUCGGCAUGCUCUUCCUCCAGGAUAUAUAUUAAAAUCACAGAUGAAGGCUUUGUUAGAGGAAGAGACUGAAAAGAUUCCAAUUGAGGAGGAGAUUGAAAAUCAGCGUGCCAAAGUGACAACUUCAACCCCUAUGACUCCUGAGUUGUUCAUGCAAUGGAAGAAGAAAAAAAUAGAAGAGAGAGAUGUUGGUUUGGCUGCACAGAGGGCAGAGAGGGCUAAGAAUGAUCGAAUGAGUGGCCGUGAGCUGUUUCUAUCAGAUUCUAGUAUUUUUGUGGAUGAUGCUGAGGCAUAUGACGAAUAUCGAAGAGAGGAACAACCUGAUGUUCCUGAAGAGAAGGCCAAUGUCAAUUCUUCAGCUGAUGGGCCGAGUACCUCAGCAACAUCCGUCGCCAAUAUUGAAGAUGAUGAUGAUGAUGAAUUGGACAUGGAUGAGUUAAAUGAACUGGAAGCAAGCUUAGCAAAAACAUCAAUCCAAAUUCAGGAGCCUGGCCGUGUCAAUUAGUUUUGAGAUGCAGAGUCUGAUGUCCACAUGCCUUUUAAAGUGUUGACUCCAUGAUCCUGCUGCAGAAGGAUGUCCAUGGCCUGCAACUACUUUGCGAGCCGUUGAUGGUGUUCUGCGAGAUCUUUUUGGAAGUUAUGAGCCUCCCUGGUUUCAGCAAUACAUCUUUACACAAUGCCUUCUAUAUAUGAUAUUAAAUGAGUAUAUUAUGCAUGUUUGUGUUAAAUGGCCUUUGCAAUUUGUCUAGUUUUGAUGCUAGGUUUUCUCCAUUCAAUAAUAGUAGGAAGAGGAUCAUAAACGUGAUUGUAGGUUGACAAUUUCUUUAGCAUUGAUGUCAUUAGCGAUACCUUGUGUUUGAAAUUAUGUGAUUUGGCUGAGAAGUAAGGUCUUCACUAGAUUGAGAUCUUUUUAUAUGUUAGGGGAAAGAUGAUUGAUUAUUCUUUUAUUUUAAUGAAUUAAUAACAUGAGUUCUUUUUAUUUAGGCA